AUGCUCCGGACAGGACUUGUUAUAAUUCCCAAUGAUCAAGGAACUUAUGAAAAGUCUCUUCAUUUUGCUCAAGAGUAUAAUAAGAUAGCAAAUGGAAUCUUUCGAUCAAAAAACCAAGUUUCAUGUUACACAAUUACUGGAGAAAACAUUUCCAACCCAGGAAGUAGUGUUUUCAGAAUUCCUAAGAACAGUAAAAUACCAAAUAUCACUGCAUUUAAUACAGAAGCGCUUUCAAAAUUUUUAUUAGAUAGAAAAGGUUUUGCAACAUUUUAUUGUGCUCGCGUUAUCUUAAUAUUUCCAGAUUUAUUCCACUUACCUCCUAUUACAAAUGAAAUUCCUGAAAAACAAAUAAUUGAACUUGCAAAUUCCUUAGUAUCACGCAAAGAUGACUUUGAUAGCUUAUAUAUAGAUGUUAUUGCUCUUAAAUCCGGUACAAAUUUCCAUAAAGAAAUAGGAAAUAUUACAAUUCACGUAAUUGACGGAGAUUUAAACGAUGUAAAAGAUAUUGCAUGCUUCCAUAUGGGAAUAUCACAAGUUACACUCGGAAAAAUAUCAAUAUUAUUCAAACAACCACAAAAAGUUGAAGAUAUUGUAGAAUUUGAAUCUCCAAAUCCAUUUCAAUACUUUUCUCGGACAGAAGUCAAUCCUUUGGUCUUAGAAUCAUAUAAUUGCAUCUUUUACUACACGGACGAGAAGCCGCUUAAUGUAGAAAAAGAAUUAGAAAAUCAAGUCAUCAUAAUUGACCAAAAAUACAUGAUUACACUAAGUUCAACGACAGGACUACGCUUUUCAAGGAUCGGAGCACUUCCAAACAUCGACAGAACCUUUUAUUUCAAAGCUCCACCAGAACAUCCGAUUCUUCUUUCCAGUUUGCCAUCAUCCAUCAUUAUUUCACAGAACCAGCCAGGAUUUAGAGUGACCAGGACGAUAAAUGCUCCAGUUACUUCACUUUUGGAAAUAGAAUCUGAUGAAAUAGGAAAUCUUAUAAUCCAACUCAUUCAUAGCCUUCCAAAGAUAUCGAGUAUGGCCAACAUGAUACUUAGUCCCGUUUUCUCGCCAAAUCCUGAGAAUAAAUCCGUUCAAACUUCUUUGAAUUUAAUUGAUAAUCUAGUUGAUAUGGCAAGGAAGAGAGAUCUUUCAAUUUUUCCAAGUGAUGAGAUGAAACAAAGGGUAAAUGAGCUUUAUAAAUUGAUAUUUAAGGGACUUUUCAUGUUUACAUCCAAAUUUAAGGAUUGUACAGCACAACAUGAAGCAAUUAGCUCUAAAGUGUCCGAUUCUAUGAAGAAACUUAACUAUGAGAAAUAG